UGAUUUAGGAAUUGUUCAAGUCAAUAACGAAUAUCUUGAGCAUGGAUGAAAAUAAAAGAGUAAACAUGAUUCAGUAAUUGCUAAACAUGGAUGAAUAAUGCGUUAUCAGGAAUAGAUUUCGUUUCGAUUUCCACUUCGUGGUUGUAAAUCAGCGGAAGCAUUGCGUGAAUCUGAAUUGAAAGAGCGAUACAAAGAGCACGGAAGCCUCUGUGUUUGUAGAGAGUAGAGGGUGUUGGUACCACAACUCAGAACCGGUCACGAAUCAAGUGACAGAAAUCGCCAGAAUUAUUUAUUUUGUUGCGAAAUACGCCAGAAGACCUUGGCUGUGCGGGCUCCCUGGUUGAAUAGACUCGCUCGCCACUUCCAUUCUCAUUCGGUCUGGAGAAUCCGUCCGAGAUACAUAGCCUACACACCGUGCGGAGGAUGCUACUUCUGAAUUCAUUGGCGGUCACUCUGGCCAUUCUAUUCUCAACUCAGGCCCAAGCUAAAAAUGAGAACUUCAAAGAAAUAUUCGGCUGGAAAGAAGUGCACUUUGCUUAUCCGAAUGAUACAGUCAAGAAGAGCGCCAUAGACUCGAAGAAGUUCAUUCAGGACCACAAUCUGCCUCUAGGAUUGGAAGUUUACAACGACAAGUUAUUCAUUACACUGCCUCGGUGGAAACAUGGAAUUCCAGCUACUCUCACAUACGUGAAUCUCAAAGACGCAGACAAGAACAAGUCACCAGAUCUGAUUCCUUAUCCCAGCUGGAAGGCAAACGACAUCUAUGAUAAGGAAGACAACAGUUCAACUAAGAUCGUGUCGACAUUCCGUGUGAGGGCUGAUGAGUGUGACAGGCUGUGGGUGAUGGACACAGGCGUCGCCAACAUCCUAGGAGGAGGUGAACAGUUCACACCCGCAAAAAUCCUCGUCUACGAUCUAAAAACAGACGAACUCAUCAGAUCUUUCCCCAUCAAAUCAUCAGACAUCAAAGAGGACACCUUCUUCCCCAACAUUGUUGUCGAUGUUACCAAGGAUAAGUGUGAUGAUGCCCAUGCCUACAUCCCUGACUUGGGUAGCAAUGCCUUGAUUGUCUACAGCUGGGGCAAGAACGACACCUGGAGAAUCAAGCACCACUAUUUCAACAUGGACCCUCUGGCUGGAAACUACCAUGUGGCAGGUGUCAACUUCCAGUGGGUUGAUGGACUUUUUGGAAUCGCACUGUCUCCAGUGCAAGAAGAUGGUUACAGAACUGCUUACUUCCACGCUCUAUCCAGCACAAGAGAGUUCACAGUUUCCACACGUGUACUUCAGAACGCAACCGAAGCAGAAAGCUACUACGAGUACAAACCAUUGGGAUCCAGAGGUCCCAACUCACAAGCCACAGCCUCCAUGAUUGAUGAGAAGUCUGGAGUGCUUUUCUAUACACAGGUUAACAAGAACGGUAUCGGUUGCUGGAAUUCAGUCAAACAUGCCAACGAAUACUCAGCUGACACAAAUGGCCUUGUUUCAUCAGAUAAUGACACUAUGGUAUUCCCCAAUGAUCUCAAGGUAGACCGAGACAGCAACUUAUGGGUAUUGACAGACAAACUUCCUCUAUACAUUUACCGAUCUCUGGACAAUGAUGAUGUUAAUUUCAGAAUUUUCAAAGCACCCGUAGCCGAAGUUAUCAAGGGUACUGUUUGUGAUAGUAAGUAGAAAAAGGAGUAGCCUUUCUUUAAAAUAAUAAACUCUAGUGUAUAACACGUAUGUAUUUUACAAAUUAUCAUUAAAAUUUGAAAAUGAACAAAAGUAUGGAUUCCAGUCAACAGAUUGAUAUUACUCUAAGUCAUACUCAUACCUGGAUUUCAGAAUCAAGUAUUAGCAUAGAGAAAAGUUAGCAUUAGCAUACGCUAUCUUUCCUCUAUAAUAUUAGGCUACAUUAUUCAAGAAAGUCUUUUGUAUGCGUUUUUAGUAUGACAAUAAUUGAAAUACAUUAUACUUGUUCCAUUAUGCUCAUGAGCAGAAAGGAUAAAA